GCUCAAACAUCCUCCCUCCUACAAACACAACGACGCUGAACUUUUUUGUCGUCUUCAGCCUCGUCCUCGAUCUUCGUCCCAGACGAAAAGAUAUCAAUUGAUCCCUCAGAAAAGAAGAAGCACUCAACUUCUCUUGAAACUCGUAUCGGCAAGCAGCCCACCCCAAAGCCCACCAUGGCCGCCGACUACCCCAUCAUCGACUCCCACAUCCACCUCUACCCAGAGCAAGAAAUCGAGACCCUCGCCUGGCCGACCCCAGGGAACCCCCUCGCGAAGCAACACUCCGUCGAAGACUACGUCGCCGCCACCGGCAGCCCAGCCAACCUAAAGGGCUUCAUCUUUCUCGAAACAGACCGCAAACACGACCUCGAAGCCGGCGCCCGCGAUGCCUCCGGCUGGGAGUUCCCCCUGAUGGAAGUCUCCUGGCUCCGCCGCAUCGCAGAGGGCAAACCCCGCGACGGCGAGGGCCACGGCCCGGAUCACGCCAGCCUCUGCCUGGGCAUCGUCCCCUGGGCUCCCUUGCCCUCCGGCGCCGCCGCCAUGGAGAAGUACCUCGACCACGUCAAGACGGUCGCGGGCGACGCCGUCUGGCCCAAGAUUCGCGGGUUCCGGUACUUGCUGCAGGAUAAGCCGCACGGCACGGGGUUGACGGACGACUUCAUCGACAGCUUGAAGCUCUUGGGCAAGAGGGGUUUCGUCUUCGACAUGGGCGUCGACCAGCACCGCCGCGGCAACAAGCAGCUCGACGAGGCGUUGGAAAUCAUCUCCCGCGCUCACGAGGGUGUUCCGGAGGAGGAAAAGGUCACGUUCGUCAUCAACCACCUCUGCAAACCCGACCUCGGCAUCAUAAACACAACAGACCCCUCCUUCAUCCACUGGCGCACCGCCAUCUACGCCCUCUCCAAGUGCAGUAACACCUACAUGAAGCUCUCGGGCGGCUUCUCCGAGAUGCCCGACUCCCUCAAGAAACAAGACCCCAAUGCCAUCUUUGAGGCAAUCUUCCCCUGGCUCGGCGUCGUCCUCGCCACGUUCGGCACCCGCCGCACAAUGUUCGGCUCCGACUGGCCCGUCUGCACCGUCGGCGUCGACGAGGCCUGGCGCAAGUGGAAGCUCCUCGUCGAGCGCACGUGCUACAUGGCCACCCUCGAGCCCGAGGACCAGGCCGCCCUGUUUGGUGGUACCGCGGCAAAGGCGUAUGGCAUCGAGGGCAUUUGAGAAGUUUGUGUAUGUGUGUGUGUGUUUCUUUUGGUUGUGACUGAAUUGGGCUGUGUGCUAUGGGCUAUGAUUACACUGGGCUUUACAGAUGGGAAGAUUUGAUGAGAAAGAAUGAAUUCGCUGGUUUGUCGCGUCUAGAUACUAUAGUAUUUGGUGGAUUUGACGUUGGAGCGCGCGGGUAUGUUUCUCACGACGGGGAGAUAUUACGACUUUGCACCCAGAUACCACAAAAUUAAAAACGUGUUUUCUUCCUAUACUUAAACCACGUCUAAGAAGAACUACCCGCCAAGACACCCACCGUUGAGCGAAAUAGCAAAAGAGUUC